AUGUCUAGCGAUUUCGCUAUCUAUAUUCGAGACAAGCUUUUCGACAGCAAAACAUCUGUCGACCAUAAAAUCUUACAUAGUGUAAACAAGAAAGGUGAAUUUGUUCUAAAGUUCUGUUUCUGGGAAUAUGACAAGAACCAUAAAACAUUAAGCAGAGCAGUCUUAAAAUUUGUCAAUGACAGACUUGUUGACAGAGAUGACGCCGAUUGGAAAGAUGAAGUCCAACAAAAGUUCUUAGAAUGCAAAGAAGACGAGUGUGGUAGAAUUUACGAAAAAGUGACACUUAACCUUAAAUUUCCAAACACUAUUUUUUGA